AUCGCACCAGCCUAUUAGCCUAUUGAUACUAACGGCACUAUGGCUUCUAUGGCGAGGAUAACAAGGAGAUGGAUUAAUAGCUUUGGCCACCAUGAACCAUCCUUUUUCCGGACAACAGGAGGCAGCACCAUUUCCGGGCCAUACCGUUGUUGGACUCAGCGAAAUCGUCAUCUGAGCCAAACUAGCCAAUUGUUUGAUACUGACGGGAGUAUAGCAAAGGGGAAGUCCAAAAGCUCCCGCGAUCAUGCACACGCAGAUCUCAGGGCGAACGAUCCGGUUCAGGCGACUAAUAAUAUGGGGCUCUCCAACAUUCAAGCAGUGGAAGACAGUACUAGCUCCAAACUAUGCCGUCUGACAUCUUGGCAAGGACAUCAUCUGGAACAAAAUCAUCAGUCUAUUGAUGCUGUCGAAUCUAUAGAUUCUUCGGCGAGGACAUGGGAACGGCCUAAUCCUACUAGCUUAAACUACAAUAGACAUCCAAAACCAGAGGAGGAUGGCCUGAUACAGCUGACUGGCGACAUGGAAUCACUCACUAUCCGGGUAACAAGGUGUAGUUCCAAGCCCAAGUCGAACUAUCACACGCACCAGCAAAGCCAUAAUGUGAAUACCGCUGGACAGGUGAUAAACUUAUUGACAUCUCGAUCCAUGGUGUGCAAUAAGGAUAUGAAAAUCGACAGGUAUGCCAAUAGUGGUAACGCCAAAGGUACGCAAUAUCACUACGGAAAGCAUGUCUCUCGUUACCGAUGUCAUGGUUUGACAGGCAAGGGUAGACGCUGCAGAAUCCUUUCUCCGAAGAAAAGGUUGAUCAAAGAUGGGCUUGAGUGGUAUUGCUUUCAACAUGAUCCUAGUAAUCGUCACCUUCGAUGCCAGAUGAAUAUCAAAAGCAAAGGAAGACAAUGCAAGAUUAUUUGCUCCGGAUCAGAAAUCCGCGCUGAUGGUGUACCUAUUUGCAAUAACCACUUCAAACUAAAAAAAUAAAACAUUUCUGCGUUGCUAUGUUCCGACUGCCCAACAG